AUGCCCCCAUCCAAGGAUAAAGACAUGGAUGGAGACUUCUUCAUGUCUCCAUCAUUGGAUGGAGACAACUUUGCACUCUGGACAACUAAACCUGCUAGGAUUCUUCUGGAGAGAUGGUUCGCUCAAACACAGAAACUGGAGGAACAGAUAGGCAAAGAUCCUCACUCGCCUUUAGUUACUAAGUUAGUUCAUAACAUUCGACCAAAUGAAUGGACAAAACUAUCAGGCAACGAUGUUGGAGAAUUUCACUACAAGUACUAUCCAGUUGAAGCAGAACUUGUGGAACAGGAGAUAGCUGAAUUUUCAGUCGCGUAA